AGGGCGGGGAGGGCGGCAGCGGGCAGACGCGGCGCUGCGCUCCGCCAGCCGGCAGCAUGCGGCCCCUGCUCUGCGCGCUGGCCGGGCUUGCCCUGCUCCGCGCCUCGGGUGCCUUCACCGCUGCUGAACCCUUCAUCCCCUCCCGAGGAGACCCAGCUCGGACUGCAGGGUGUGACAGACACAUGGCUGUCCAUGGCCGGUUAGAUGUCAUAGAGGAGACGGUGGAGAAGACGGUGGAGCACCUGGAGGCAGAAGUGAAAGGCUUGCUGGCUCAGCUGGAGGAGCUGGCCUGGAAUUUGCCCCCGGGCCCCUUCAGCCUGAUCCCCGACCUCCUCGGAGAGGAGACGGUGAGCAGCUCAGAUCGCCUUUGAGCACCAGAGCAGGAGCGACCCAACAGCUGGCAGUGGUACAACAGCUCUCCUCUGAGAACAGAGCCGUGCGUUAUGGCCUGCCUUCCUCAGCUUUGUGCAAAAUAAAAGCUACUCCUUUGGUCCCCUCUGUGUCUGCUGACAGUGACCCCUGCAGCCACAGCCCCUUCUCCACCUGCUCCCAUGCGCUGAGGCUCACACCCACUGCAGGCUCAGACCUGUACUUCCGCCCUCCUUAUUUAUAGGGGUGGACAGGGCAGGAGUUAGUUCAAGAGGUGAGGCACCUAAGGCGCAGAAUCGUAAGGCGACACAGUGGAAGGGCCCUUUGAGUAAACUUGUUACUCAAAAUGUGGCCGUAGGUGAACAACAGGGGUGUCACCUGGGAGCUUAUCAAAAAUGCAGAAUUUGGGGUCCUGCCCAGACCUCCUGAAUCAGAAUCUACAUUUUAAUGAGACCCCCAGGGAAUCUGUGUGCACAUUAAAGUUUUAAAAAAUGUUUCUGUUGAGAUAAAAUUCAAAAUUUUAACCAUUUAAAGCAGUACAAAUUCAGUGGGUUCAUAAUGUUGUGUAGUCAUCACCACCUUCUAAUUCUCAUCACCACCUUUUAAUUCCAGAAAUUUUCAUCACCCCAAAAAGAAACCCUGUACCAUUAAGCAGUCACUUCCCAUUCCCCCUCCCAUCCUCCCUUGGAAACCACUAAUAUUUCUGUCUCUGUGGACUUGCCUAUGCUGGACAUUUCAUAUAAAUGGAAUCAUACAAAAGUCAGACACAAAA